UCUCUCGUUAUCAUCCUCGUCCACUCACACUCGCCGGUGUGCAGGCCAAUAAUCUACUCCUUUCAUGUCUUUGUGACGGCUUGUCUUACUUCAAUAAUCUGGUCCAUAUCUGUCGCAAUACAAUCGACUCUCCGACCGCUCGCUCUCCACCAACAGAAUGCUCAACUUCAGGCUCCUCAUAGUCUGCAUAUGUAUCAUUAUUGGCUUAACUCUAUAUCUCUUCUACUGGAACCGUUUUGUUGGUUUCGUCUUAACGCGUAUACUCCGAGUACUGUUCUGGAGCCAAGGGAAGACCGUCGGAAGUAUAUGGGUAGACAUAGGUUCUGUUCACAUAUCGAUACUCGCUGGAAGAAUUCUCGUUAAGGAUGUGGCAUACCAUUCGAGCAAUCAGACUAUACGGAUUGUCAAGGGUCAGAUCAGUUGGCGAUACUGGAUUCGCGUCCCCGCUGGCGAAGAUGAUCUGAACCACGCUCGUGUGGUGGGGGAGGAUAUUGGGAUCAAUGCGCAGAAGGCUCCGCUGUCAUGUCGCCUGCACGUUUCACUGCAAGGCCUGGAAUGGUUCAUACAUAAUCGCAUCGCCGCAUACGACAAUGUCAUCUCUGCCAUGCAGACUAAUUUCCCUAAUACGUCGGAAGAGGCACAUGUACGAAUGAGCGGAGAAGGCGUUGGCCCACUCCGCAAGAUAUUCAGCUGGACGUCGGCUGUGCCUGAGUCAACACACCUCGGACCUCCGGUAUCACUUCUAUCGUCUGUGUACAGCAAAACCCCUCAGGUCUUCAGGAAGUGGUCUGCUAGCAUUAGAAAGCAACUCCCGAAUUUAGACCCCAAGGACCUGUUGCCUAUUGGCGCCGAGAUUACCAAGGGUGCCAUUAUGAUUGGCAAUAGAUCCACUCCUGAAUUGCUUGUAGCGGAAUUUCGCAGUACUAGGGGAACGUACGGCAUUGUACCUGCGCGUUCCAAAUAUGACCAAUAUAAACAGGUUUUGCAGCUAACCUUCCAGAACGCUGUGGUCUCCUUCGCCGAAAAUCAGCACUUUGAAGGUACUAUGGUCGAAAUGGGCGAGAAGUUGCACUCAAGCGUACAGCAGGAGAUGCAGCCUCUUCGGAUAUUCUCAUAUCUCUCAUUCUCCUCAUUCGUCAAGCUUUGGCGUCGCCAGAAACUCUGGACCGUCGUCAGCCGUCGACAGCACCACAAUCCCCUUCUUAAUGCCUCCAGCUGGUCUAAGCGACGUGCUCGAGAGGCGAAUGAGGAAGAGACUCCUCUCGGAAUUAACUUCGUCACGCUGGAGUAUGCGAAGGAGGCGAAGAUUUUGGAAGCGCCCUUCCUGGACUUGUUAUAUUAUGCCGACUCUGUCGGGGUCGUUCCAAGAGAGUCCGAAGUGGAGGAUAUGCCUCGGCUCACGGAGGAUCCCAUGGACAUCGGAAAUGGUGAUCUGCCUCCGGAAUGGGGUGUCGACCUCGCUAUCCGAGGAGGUGUGCUUCGUUAUGGGCCCUGGACCGACCGGCAGAGGGCAAUUCUCCAACAGGCAUUCUUCCCUCCCAGUUUCACUGACACCAUGCCGACAACACCGUUGCGUCCGGGCGACGCAAGAGUCUGGACAUGCAUGAAGAUGUUGGUUGAACUGCGCGAUGGCGUGAUACUUCAAAUCCCGUUUCGUGAGCCAUCCAAGAAUUGGAUGUGGGAUGGCGAAGUGAACGUACCAAAUCGGCCGCGGAAGCGCGAGCCAGCAUCCAUACACGUUCGGGCUGGGGAUAGCUCCACAAUCAGCUACAUGAUGCCCAUGGUCGCCACCACGCGAGGUUACGAGCCAACCCUGCACGUCCAUCUAGAUACAGUGACGAUCACAUCUAGCUUGAAUGACAUUCGUAUAUUAACCGCGGACUCGUGCGUCGUCCGCGCAGAAUUACCAUCAUCUCUGAAGUGGAGUGACCAAAGACAGUGGACGUUCGCAAUUGCCCUCCGCCAGCCCGUCUUCUACCUUCUUCGUGACCACAUCAAUAUGUUUACCGACCUCGCGAAAGACUGGGUGUCCGGGCCGCCGAGUAAUUACGAACGCUUUAUCCCCAUGGUGUAUAAGUUCGAGAUCGAUAUACAGAAUUACGAGAUCAAUAUCUAUGUGAACGACCACAAUAUCAUCGACAAGCCGCUCAUACGGGAGGAGAACGCAAUUCUUACGUUGUAUGGCAAGAGUCUCAAAAACAACGUCAUCGUCCCGAUGACGAAGUUUAGACCAGGAACGACUGAAGUCUCUUUCUGGAUAGAGAGCCCCAACGUCCAAGGCCGGCUGACACUUCCUCGGUGGAACACCCGUAGUCUAUACGCUGCGCCGCAUAGGAACAGCGAUUUCGGUCGCAUUGGCCUUCUUCGCCUUAAUGCAUCCUAUUCAUACUUGCCCGACGUACAUCCAGAGAACAUUGACCAGCUCAAACUUGCCUUCGAGGCGCAGGAUGUGGUCUACAAGCUAUAUGGUUGGACCAUUCGCCACCUUAUGACCUUGCGCAACAACUACUUCGGCUCGUUCACUCACUUUUCAACCUUGUACGAAUACCUCGAGAAACGCAAGCAGGGACAGCCACUUGGAGACCCGGUUGAUCUCCAAUACCGCGAAGGUGGUUCCAAUGCUCUCCAAAUCGAGUUGGAUGCGUCUGUCACCAACGGUCUUGUCAUCAUGCCUGCGAGCUUGCGAGGCUAUGAGAGCAGCCAGCACGAAGUUGAAGAAGGCGACAUUGGUACUUGCGUUGCAAUGUCCAUCCCGGAGUUCCAAAUACAUCUGCGUAGUCAUGAGUAUUACAUGGAGCUUGCUCUGAACAUGGACACGGUUACCGGCAGUGUUCACACCAGUUGUUCGGAGGAUCUGCAGCUCGCCCGCGAGUUGCAGCGAGACGCCAAAGAGACCCUCAUUCUUGAUGGUCUCGACGUAAUCGCACACCGGCUCUUCGGCCCACAGCCGCAUACUGCGACGUACCUUUGCAUUUGGGACAUACAUAUCGAUCGCGUCAUGGCGCAUCUAUCAUCUACCGAGUCAAAGAUAUUGGCUGCAGCAAACACCGCUUUUGCCCUCAACUUCACUGACCCUCUGAACGCGCCCGCGCCCGAGUACGAUAUCCCGUCUGAUCCUGAUGUCACCUUCCUCAAAGUUACGCUCGGUGAACUUACAGCUAUUUGGCAAGCCGACAGUGCCGCUCUUGAAUUCAGACUUCCGAACGGUUUGCGCAUGGACAACAACGAUCUUGCAGGAAAGCUGUAUAGCAGUGUAACAAGUCUUCGCAUCCCCGACGCCUCCAUGAAAGCCCUUCUGGCGAAGGACGCUGUGUCCAAUGGCUGGCACGAGGCGGCGUCGGCUGAGUUAGAUGCGAACAUCGAUAUCUAUUCUGCACCUCUGGGCUGGCGCGAAAGAGCUCAAGCGCAAGCAGAGUUCUUGGCUGCACAAGAUGGGCAUACUUGCAGAGCACUGCUCCUCUAUCUACCGGAUCAGCCAGUUCCCAGUGACGCCCUAGCACCCGGUCGUGGGAUCCUGGACACAGAUCUGUAUUUACCUCAGCUUAGGAUCCCCUGCGCGCAAUCAUUUGCCCGAGCAAAGCAACAGGCAUGGAGACGUAAAAUCGAUAACGCUGACUUUGUUACACCUACUGCUCCUCAUAUGAAAAGUCGAUCUCGUGGGAUGUCAGACUCAGAAGGCGAGGAAUACGUUUCGGAGGCCGAUCGCGACGCUCGUUUAGCGAGCUCUCGUCCGCCGCUCGUUCGCUUGCCAGAUGUGGUGGACAACGAGGAUAUUUCCAGUGGUGACGAAGAGGACGACGACUCCACCGACACAUACCAUUCGGACAGCGAGGACAAUGGAAGUGAAAUGCAUGCCGUUUGGCCCUCUGCGCAUGACUACAAUGCAGUUACUCGCCGCUACCAGUCGAGGUUCCUAACGCUUCCUUCCUUUUGGCAUAAAUCCCCAUUCAGCCUCACAUCGGAUCCGUCGUCUGCACGGCAAUCCGCCUUGAGAGACAAAUUGUAUCAAUGGGCAUGCGAAGACGAGCUCGAUCCAGAGCUAGAAGAUGUUCAUCUCGACUUCGACGAUAGUUCAGAUAACUCAAUCGUUCGGAUCACGUCGCACAAGCUGGCAAGUGUGCGGCUGACCCCGUUGGUGUUGCCUGCCGUUGAUAGGCUACUCCAUGACGUCAAGAGACAUCAACUGAAUUCUGAUCUGCUGUUUGAUACCGUGAUUGCAAGACACAUUCGUUCCUUUUCCACCCAGAUCAAGGCAAGAAAGCAGGCAUCCGCCAUCGACCUCAACUUGUCCUCUCUACAUCUCAACUUGACCCAGACGAUUCCAGAGCCAGCUCCCACCGCAGAGUACGACCCAUCACAUCAGCACAGCAACCUAACUUCAGUGGAUGUUUUCGCAAACGACCUCCGGAUCAAGAGCUGCAAGAUCACCUCGGAAGCGGGCAUUGUUGAGCACCAGUGCCUCGGGGUUUCCUUGCAACGAUUUGCCUGUGGUCUCGACCCGACGAACUCCCCGGACGUGCCGUGGCACAUUCUUAUCGGUUCUAGUAAGUUUGCACUGCUAGGCAAAGACCUCAGCUUGAGCCUCGGAAGUGUUACAAUGGAGACUCGACAUUCUGCCCCCGAGAAUGUGGCGCCCACCAUUCUCGUGACUCUGCAAUUGGCGGCCGGGAUACGUACGGCGGUCGCUAGCUACGCGGACUAUACCAAGUUCUCCGACCAACAAAUCGUGCUAAAGGCUAUCCAACUCGUCGGGAGACGAGACGUCGUCGACCCACUUUCCACUACGCAGCCUUCAUAUCUAAUUCAGAGUGGUCGGCCUCGCGACCUACGUGCGGAUGUCGGUUUCAAGUACCUGGUCUUCCUCCGGAGAUGCCUAGAGUCGCUCGCCGGCUCUGAGCGCCAAGUACUUCGGGAGGCAUCGGCGCAACAAUCUGCAGAGUUUUUCGUAGAAGAUGCCAUGGACCUGCUCCAAGAUUACCUGAUCCAAUUUGGCGCAGAUAUGGGCUCGCUUUCAUUCCCCAAGAACUCACCUCUAGAGUUCCUUACUGCUGAAGUUCUUCCCGGCGAAACGUCUUCAUCGCUCGGGAUUCGCUCUGUAUCUCUUCGCUUCCAGAGAAUCCACGCGGUGUACAGCUCUCCCGAUGGCAACGACAGCGAAGUGCUUGUAGCGCCAGUCGUUAUUAACGCGCGAACAAGAGUGGCAGAAUGGUAUGAGCCGCAUAUCGUGGGACCUCCAAAGAGUACGACAACACUCUCACUCAGCGACAAACUCGGGCAAGACAUGCGCCAUAUCAGCGUAGUGAUCUCUUUGGGCAACGUCGCCAUUAACCUGUACCCUUCGCUCGUUGUCUUCGCGCAGCAUGUUAUCCGAGAAGUCAAACUUCACAAGAAGGCGCUAAUCUCGUUCAGUCCGCGCUCCCCACCAGCCGAGAAGCCUGCGACUCAGCCGCCGACUCGGCCGCAGGUCACCUACAUCGACUUCGUCCUUUCGACCAACGCGUUUCGUGUCAAAGCGGGCGCACAGAACCUUGUCAUCGAGUACAGAACUUCUACGGUGGACUUCGUGUGCACCUCACUUGUCAAACCGCCUGUGGGACCAAAAGGAUCGCUCGACGUGUCCAUGAACCACUCGCUCGUAUUCCGGGAGGCUCGCCUACAAGGUUGUGCUCUAGCAGACAUAUCGACUCCGGACGAGUAUGCCAUCUUGGCCGCUCUCGUCUUCUCAGGCGGGAGAGUCAAUGUCCUCACACGGUACCAGGCAGAUGCAGGUCCUUACGUUCGUGUCGCUGCUGGGCUAAAUGGUCUCCACUUGAACGUACCGCGAAGUGCCAUACGCCUGUACCGAUGGGCUCAGGAGUGGAGAGAAGACUACCUUCCUGGCUUGGAAGAGACAUUUCGAGCCCUGUUAGCCGAGCUUAAGCCUGAUGCAGGCCCCGGUGUGCCCGCUGCGGCUCCCAGAUCAGCGUCUAUGGCUGUCUGGGUCCCUCGUAACGUGGAUGUGACCCUCAAAUCCUUCCGAAUAUCACUGCAGGUCAUGCGAGGAACCUGGGUUGCCUGGGAGGUCGGUAGCAUUAUGGCUUAUACAGCCGGUCCUGCGUCAGCCCGCGGUACUAAGCGUCAUAACUACGGUGCCCAAAUUGGACACCAAACGUUUAUUAUCUCCUCCAAGGACAAAACAUCGGAAUCUGUUCGCGUCAGAAUGCCGUUACCUACAUUCACCGCCACUGGCCGUUUCGAUGGUACAUGUCUCGACGGGCUCCUCUUGGUUGAAGCGUUCACGGUCAAUGUCAAGCCUUCGCAUUGGGACACACUGCUUACGGUACAACAAAAGUUUGGUCAAGACUUUAGUGAUCUUGUGUCCCUAAUCGAGCACAGCCGUCCUAAGCGAGCCGACGAGAAGAAGCCGUCGUCUUCACCGGGACUGAAGUAUCACAUACAAGCGAAGAUGAAAGGCCUCUGUAUCGGAUUAGAAGGUGUUUCCUCUGCGAUUCUUCUCGAGUGCAACCGCAUCGGCGGUAUGGUACUUCAGAAUGACUCAGAGCUGAGUGGCAAUCUCGAGCUCUCCGAUCUUGCCCUGUCACUCGCUCCUCGAUCGAGCCCCUCCAGUCCAAUACAGUCUUUCGAUAGAGGACGCCGAUCUGCUUUCGUCAUCAUCGACCUAAACGCUGAGGUGGGCAAUUCGAAGGAUGGAAAGGGACAAUCUGUCAAUUUGGCGGUCACCAAAAUCCAUGCAGUGAUGCAGCCCAGCUCGAUUGGCCAGCUCGGAGAUUUCGUCGAUCAUUUGCAGGCUGAAAUCUCUAUCCGCAAGGAGCAGAGGGCGCAGGAUAUGGCAGAAUUCAAGGAGAAAACGAAAACGCUCUUGCGCAGCCUGGAAUUGACCAUAAAUAGUUCGCAGUCUGAGUCUUUGUCCUGGUUAGACAAGUACAUCAUCAACGUCACUGUCAAGAACGUCGGGGUGGCGUUCCCCCUGACAAUCGGCGAGGACCUGCAUAUACCACGACCAGCCAGACCCGGUGACGCCGUAGUCCGUGCUUUCCUCUUCUCCAUCAAGUCCGUAUCAUUCGGGACACACAAGGGGGAAACUGGUCAAGCUUCCAUGAAAGGUUUUUCGUUCCAGUUCGUUUCAAGGUUCCGACAGUCCGAGCCUCUUGACUUCAUUGGCGAUCGCCAUACUACCCGAAAUCGACUCAUUUAUCCCGAGAUGACCGCCAAACUCAAGUCAGAACGACGAGCAAGUUCUAGGGAGCUGCGCAUCGCCGCAGAUAUCGAUGGUUUCAAUCUUGACCUCGAUCCGACCAUACCGGACUAUGUUUCCUCUUUGAUCAACGUUUAUCGUGAGGGCAAGAAUCGUGUCGACCGGUUCUCAGGUGCCUCGACCCGUGGUCCAAUGAAAGAAGAGUCAUCUCCGGACACACCGCAACCUAGCGAGCACAACUACACCAAUUUGUUGACCUCUCAUAUCUUCAUGGCCUUAGCUUUCAAAAGUGGCAGGGUUCGUAUGUUCAGCCAGGCAUACAGCUUUUCGAGUCGACCUCGUGUCGUAUCCACGCACUCUCCGGAACUUCUCGACAGACAGCUCGGGGAACUCGGCGCUGAGGUGUUCAAGCUUCCUGGUGUGUCUGUCUGGGGUGAAUAUCGUGCCACACCCGCCUUAUCCAAGAUGAAAGGAAGACGAGGCCCGAUUGAGCCUUCAACCCUCAUCUUCAAAAGCACGAUUCAUUCCAGUCAGAACACCCUGCGGCCGACUCUUCUCCCCUUCUUCACAGAGGUCAUCAACCACGUAGAAGCCCGCAUGAAGAAGACCAGCUUCCAAGACAUGCACCGUCUACCCGGCCUCAGCUCCCCAAUGACUCCGUUAAAACAGCUUGAUCAUAUAUCCGUGCCAGUUGAGCCUGUGUCCAGCAUGCAGAUCAGUCUCAGCCUGCGUAUCGAUCAAUCUCGGCUCGAGCUGACUUGUCAACCGGAUGUGAACGUCAUCGCUGGGCUUCACUGGGAUAGCGGAGGCUUCGUCGUCAAUAUCUCACCGGGCGCACAUCGAGUAACAUUCAGCGGUAAUGUUGGCGGCUUGACCAUUGGUCUGAAGCACGGCUUCCUGAGUGAAGACUGCCUCAGUCUGCAUGCUCGUAAUCUGACCUUCUCUGUCGACUUUGCGAAGGCGAGAGGAGCCACAGUCAGCUCUGUCUCGGUCGUUUGCGAUACUGAAUUCUCCGGUGGCGUCCGCUUUUCGCGUCUACAAGACAUCCUCUGCUUCAAGGCGGUAUGGUUAGAUAGGAUCCCUGUUCUCAACGUCCCUCCGGCAACCCCUGCGACCAUGGCUUCUCGGACACCAAGCCAGCAAACCGCCAUAUCUACGAUUUCCCAGAAGCAAGAGUUAACCACAGCUUUCUUGCUGCGCCUCCGGAAGGUGUGCCUGGACAUCGACCUAGGACAAUCGAUCACCUCCACUCAGCUGAGCGUAUACGGCACGGUGCUGAGGACAAAGGUCACUGAACUAGUCUCCGAGGUAUCGCUCUCGGUGAACAAGUUACAUGCGCGCGCGACUGGAAACUUGUCAGGUCGCGUGACCGUCCCCGAUUUCUUGUUUCAAACUAUCCGGAAGAAGGAGCAGGAUGUGUUCAGGUCCAGUAAAAGCAACAUGCUUGAUCUUCAAAUGAUCAGCGGUCCUCUGGACAUUGAGCUGGAGUCAGAGUACCAGCGGCUUCUGUGGUAUAGGGCAGAGCCUUUGGUCGUUCGCAUAUACGACGAUUGGUCCAAGUUCGCAGGACAUAUAGAUCCUGAAAGCAGACAGGUACAGCUCGCUUUCACCGUGAACGGGACAGAUGUGACGGCCAUCAUGAAUGUCGGAACCAUUCCCAAGCUUGUGUCGUACGCCAACAAGUUCAGAGCUACUCUCGAUGCACAGAAGGAGGGGGCAAGCCGCGAGUCGCUCGCUUUCCGACGGUCCAACCCCGCCAAGCCGGAGAACCCUCUUUCGGACGUCGCAAAUGCCAUGCUUCUUUCCGCCAGGGCGAAGCUAAGGGAGAUAGAGCCGGGGUUGGCGUGUAUCAUCAGACAGGGACUUAGCCUCAAGUUAAACACGUUGAAGCUCAUCAUCUUCUCUCGAAGCAUGCGAGAUCCUGAGCUCGCGCAAUUCUUGGGUUCCAACCUACAUGCUCGACUAGAUCGCAUAGUCGAGUCGGGGACUAUCCCACCCAAGCGCGAGCUUCACCUUGCGUUCUCCUCUAUCUCUAUCUCCAAGCUGUCACAUCUGAACCUGAGUUUGGUAUCAAAGGAGGAGCCAGGCCUGGACACCGUGCGCUGGCUCAGCCUCCUCACCAAGAACGCGUCGGAGGCGAUUAUUUUUACGUUGCCAUUCAUGCACAUGCGUAUGUACAGCGAAGAGUCUGUCGAUGACGGCAAUCGUGUCCUGCUGUACGACUUCAGCUCCAAGUUCACGACGAAAGAGGGGAUGAGGGACGAAGACAUCUACAUCACGCUCAAUAUGUCGCUAUACGCCUGGCUUACGAUCCUACGCAAGAGUUUCGCACGCGAGAUGGACCAAGUACAGGCGUCCACAGACGUUCGUGUACCGCAGACUGGAUUUACGCAGCCGCCGAUGAUACGGCGGAGCAGAGUACCCGAAUCGCUCACCCUCCCCGACCGCGAUAGCUCGCCGCCUGGAACGCAAGUCUUGGACGAGUUGGCGCAAUCACCAAAACGUGCAGGACUGUUGCACACGAAGACCACGCCCGCGCGACUCCCUGUGUUGUCUCCAACGACAGAACCGAUGAUCGCGUCACCUACUGCACUCUCCCCCGCCUCUACGAGCACAAGCACUGGGCAAGCGAGCGCAACACCUCGCACUAGUACACUGCUUACGGCGGGUCCUGCGGAGGAAGGUAGCUCGCGUGCACCUUCGCCCGGACUUCCGGCGAACAAAAAGACGACGACAAUUUUGUACCGACCACGCUCACGGAGGAUCGAGCGGCUCACGAUGCGGCAGCUCGGCGAGGCUACCCCCGACGUCAUGCACCCGUUCUUCAUGAAAACUGCGGGUUUUAGCUUGGAGGACUCACUUCCACAGUACGUGCACGAGUAUGCGACGAUGCCCACGGAGGAGAUCAUGAAAGUACUUUUGAAGUUGUACAGCAAGCAGCUGCGGGUGGACACCGUUGUGGCUCCUAAUGCAUAGAGGACAGCAGAUAGAUGUCAGAUUAUUCGCACCUAAUGAACAACAAAUAUGCACGCCCUUUCACGUAGACUGAGUCUAACAAGGACAGGAUGAGAAGUAUUUUGCUAGCUGCGCCACCUAUCUUGCAGCGUGUGAUCCUACAUUGAAGACGCUGAGUAGCGCAAAGCAGCCAUAGAGCAGUCCGACGGGAUAUGCGACGAGCAGCCUCUGCUCGGACAUGCGCAGAACGGCGACAAAUAUGUUCGAAGCUGACCAUGUGCACCAAAGCACCGACAAAGUAGACAGCAAGUAACCCAGCAUGCCGCUGCAAACGUAGG